AACAAGACAGUCCAGAGUUAAUCCUGAAUUAAAAUUGACCCUGGGUUAACAUCUUUAAGUGUGAAAAGCCCUUUGGUAGCCUAACCUUGGCAGGGGCUGAGAUGCCCCGGUGUGCCCUCCCACAAGGGGCGUUAUGUACGGCGGCCGUGAAACUCGACACCCGGCGCUCGCCACAGCUUCUCUCCAAACUGCUAUUUAAAAAAGGAAAAAGGAUGAAACUUCCACUCCUGACUCCUCAAACCCCCCAAGCACCAAACAUCCAGGAGCCGCUGUAGCUGUUGCCAACCCGGCAUAAAUGCCUACAGCACCCGGGCAGGACCGGACAGAAUCGCCCGCGGAUUAUUCUCGUCGCUCCACGGGAGGGAUUUAUGGUGGUGUCGCGCAGCAGACCGGUGGGAGAUCGCGCUCAUUCCGCACCACGGUUUAUCCGAUGCAUGAGACGACGGCUCGCGCUCUCGGGCAGCGACGCAGUCACGCAGAUUAACGGAUCAGGAUUUUGACUGCCGGGACAAAUGAAUACAAAUGAAUUUAGCGACCCGAAGGAGAGUCCGCAGAACCUCUCGUCUGGUGGCAAAGAGAGCUCUUCUUCUGUGUAUUCUACUUUACUGUACUUCUUUUGGAUUCACCCAAGUACUCUUUGAAGAUGUGGAUGUGUUGCAGCGGUUGGCUCUGCGUCCUGAGCUCGGUUCUCGCACCGUUCCCGCUGGCGUCAUCUCCCUCCACUCUGGAAUCAUCCUCACGACACGGGCACGAGUUACCACGGCGACACGUUCCGUGUUCCCACCAGAACUCUUCUGGAACUGCACUCUCGUCCUGAGCGUCCGAUCUCACCGCUUAAACUCAGCAUUUCUCUUCUCUGUCCUAUCUGGGAAUCGGAUUCAGCUCGGGCUGGAAAUUUCGCCCGGCAAGAUAACGCUUCACGCCGGCCCUGCAAAUGCCGCGGUCUUCGCGUACAACCUCCACGAUGGGCGCUGGCAUCAUCUAGCCUUCGUUUUAAACGGCCAAUCAGUGACCCUACACUCUCCCUGCUCGGAGAGCGAUGGCGGAGUUACACAGAAACUCCCCGUACUUCCUGAACGUCUGAACCCUCGUGGAACCUUCCGCUUGGGCGGCACCAGCACUUUGCUUCCGGGUGCGGUACCCUUCGAAGGAGCGGUUUGCCAGUUUGACGUGGUGCCCUCGGCACAAGCGCAGCAGAACUAUUGCAGCGCCAUCCGCAGGCAGUGCAGAGAAAAUGACACCUACAGGCCAGUGCCUCCUGCUCUACUUCCCCUCCCAUCCCGACACACCCCACCACUAUUGGCCCACACGUUACCACCUAAUCGCACUUUCACUUUCACUCCCACUAAUUUCCUUUGGACAUCCAUAAAUGGCGCAGGAGUGUCUUCUGCUGUGAGAAUGAGCGACAGUGUACGACCAAAACCCACGUCUACCACACCUCCACCCCUUUCCUUGAUGCAAACAGGACUUGAAACUCCUUUGUCAAGGGGACAUUUAAAUUCUGUCACCCCAAAACCUACUUUCAGGACACCCAAAAGUCCCAAGCCGACUGCCUCAAAACCUGGAGCGGUCUGGCUUACCCCUAAAAAACCAGCUGGAUCCAAACCCACUCCAGGAAAAACAUCUCCAAAGCUUAGUGCAACAAAGCCUUCCGGACCAAAGCCCACAAUUGCCCGACCUACUUCUUCCAAAUCUGGUAGUUCAAAAACAACUGGUCCCAAACCUACACCACCAAAACUUUCCAAACCAGCAACUGUAAAACCCACGGUAAAGAAACCAACUCUUACGCUAAAGCCCACCAAGAUCAACCCAACAAAGAAUACUUCUACUGGUGCUCAAUCUAUGAAUCCUAACAAGAAACACAACGCCAUUCUAAAACCGUUGUCUGACCCAGAACCGACCGCCCCCAAAAGACCCUCACCAACUAACAAAAAGACCAACACCCAAAAAAAACCACACUCCCAACCCAAAAACCACACCCACAACAAAAAAAACAACCAAAAAAACACCCUACACCCAAAAAAACACAAACCAACCAAAUCUGCUCCAUUCACCACCGCUGCACCACACAAACCACCAAAAACUCUGGAAACCCCCAAAGUCAAUCCUGACAAGCUGAAAACACCUGUGCAUUACGUCACACCGAGCACUCCAAGGUUCGCCGUCCAAUCUGUGACUCUUCCGGCUUUCAACGAUUUCCAGAGCUUCGAGGCGGAGCCCACAUACUUUUCACUUCUGGUUGGACCGCCUGGACAAAAAGGAGAUCCCGGGAAUAUGGGAAUCCCGGGACCUCCAGGGAAACCAGGGCAGCCAGGGACGAGAGGACCUCGGGGACCCCCAGGACCACAUGGCAAGCCAGGUCGACCAGGUCCACCAGGGUUAAAGGGGAAGAAAGGAGACCCUGGACUGUCUCCUGGAAAAGCACCAAAAGGAGAAAAAGGUGACAUUGGCCUGCCUGGUCCUGUUGGUUUAGUCGGGCCGGAAGGCCGUAAGGGACAAAAAGGCCAUCCAGGACCACCAGGCCUUCCCGGGGAACCAGGCGAACAAGGUCCUGGUGGAGAGGCUGGAGCCAAAGGCUAUCCUGGCAGGCAGGGCUUACCUGGUCCGAUAGGGCCUGUUGGGCCAAAAGGGGCUCGGGGUUUCAUUGGAAUCCCUGGACUCUUUGGUUUACCUGGAGCUGAUGGUGAAAGAGGUAGUCCUGGUCCACCGGGGAAGAGGGGCAAGAUGGGUAGGCCGGGUUUUCCUGGUGAUUUUGGAGAGAGAGGCCCCCCAGGACUGGACGGGGAGCCAGGUGUUAUAGGAGCUCCUGGUCCUCCUGGUGUCCCUGGUUUGAUUGGUGAUAUGGGCCCUGUCGGGAUAAUCGGUUUGCCGGGACCAAAUGGACUGAAAGGCGUACCAGGGAACAUGGGCGAACCCGGACUGAAAGGUGAUAAGGGUGACAUCGGGCUUCCCGGAGAGCAAGGGGAAAUUGGGUUCCCAGGAGACAAGGGUGUGCAGGGUUUGCCAGGCUUACCAGGACCUCGUGGAAAACCAGGACCACAGGGCAAGACAGGAGAAAUAGGGCCCACUGGAUUAGCCGGCCCACCAGGACCUGAGGGUUUCCCUGGCGACAUCGGAAAACCUGGACUCAAUGGACCUGAGGGCCCGAAGGGUAUGCCUGGAGCCAGAGGUUUACCUGGACCUCGUGGAGCGGCUGGACGAGAGGGUGAUGAGGGCCCUGUAGGACCACCGGGGCCAGUAGGACUCGAGGGUCUUAUGGGCAGUAAGGGUUUCCCUGGGGCUGUUGGACCUGAAGGGGUCAAAGGCGAGCAGGGUGUCACAGGAAAGGCUGGAUCCAUGGGUGAGAGGGGUCUCGUUGGCUUCAUCGGUCCUGCAGGGGAGACUGGACUCGCUGGAGAGAAGGGUGAUCGUGGAGAGAUGGGAUUGCCCGGACCUCCAGGAGAGAAAGGAUCUACAGGGCACCCAGGAACCCCUGGAGAGAGCGGCCCACCAGGACCACCAGGCAGUCCAGGCCCACAGGGAUCACGUGGACCCAUCGGCAUGAGAGGACCUAAAGGAAGACGGGGUCCUAGAGGUCCGGAUGGUAUGCCAGGCGAACUCGGCUCUGAAGGCAAAAAGGGUCUUGAUGGUCCUCCAGGAAAAAUCGGUUUCCCGGGACAAGUGGGCAAGAUCGGGGAGCCUGGGGAGGCGGGGCCAAAGGGAUUUCCGGGCAUUCAAGGGCCAUCCGGGGCUACAGGAGACAAAGGAAUCGCAGGGGAGCCAGGGCUUCCAGGGCCCCCAGGAACACUUGGGCCUCCCGGAAAUCCAGGGCCAAAGGGCCCUGCGGGAAAAGUUGGCGAUCCCGGACUUCCAGGAGAACCUGGAGAAAAGGGGUCACUCGGGCCUGCGGGGAACGCUGGGGCAGCAGGACUAAUCGGAACAAGGGGAGAACCAGGUUUAGAGGGAGAGGCUGGUCCGGCUGGCCCUGAUGGUGCCAAGGGUGAAAAAGGCGACAUGGGUGGAGAGGGUGAGCAAGGUGUCAGAGGUGACCCGGGAAUCAAGGGGAAAGAAGGGCCACCGGGCGACCCUGGGCUUACUGGCGUCAGAGGUCCUGAAGGAAAACCUGGCAAAAAUGGCGAGAGAGGGAAGCCAGGGUUUAAGGGUGCCAAAGGUAACAUCGGCCACCUGGGAGAGACAGGAACCAUGGGAAAGAUCGGACCAAUCGGAACCACCGGACCAAAGGGCUCUCGAGGAACCAUCGGACAUGUGGGCGCUCCUGGGCGUAUGGGGAUGCAGGGGGAUCCGGGCAUAUCAGGAUAUGAGGGUCACAAGGGACCUCAAGGUCCAGUAGGACCCCCGGGACCAAAGGGUGAAAAGGGUGAACAGGGGGAUGAUGGGAAGGUGGAGGGUCCUACUGGUCCUCCAGGACUCCAGGGUCCAGUUGGAAAGCGAGGAGACAGGGGUGAACCGGGAGAUCCAGGAUACGCGGGUCAGCAAGGUGUUGAUGGUUUUCGAGGCAAACCUGGUGCUCCUGGACUACCUGGUGAUCCUGGUCCUCGUGGGAUACAAGGCCCUAAAGGAUCCAAAGGAGAACAGGGUCAGAAGGGUAAACAGGGUCAGCAGGGAGAGCGUGGCAGCAGAGGCUCACCGGGUGUUGUUGGGUUACCUGGCCCAAGAGGCACAGUGGGUCGAGAAGGACAGGAGGGCUUUCCUGGCAUGGAUGGGGUCACAGGGAAAGAUGGAAGUAGAGGAAUACCAGGUGAUCAGGGAGAUGAUGGCGAGUUUGGUUUGCCUGGUAAACCCGGUGCACCUGGCAAAGCUGGCGUUAUCGGUUUACCAGGCCCACAGGGAUCAUUUGGUCCAAAGGGUGAGAGGGGCCUUCCUGGUCACACCGGCCCUUCAGGAAAGAGAGGUUUUAAGGGAGGAAUGGGCCUUCCUGGAUCUCAGGGAGACCGGGGUCCUAAAGGCCAAACUGGUGACAUCGGGGAACCCGGCUUUCCAGGGAUGCUGGGAAUGUUUGGACCGAAGGGGCCUCCAGGAGACUUUGGACUGAAGGGCAUCCAGGGGCCCAAAGGGCCACAGGGCAGCAUGGGUAGAGGGGGUUUAGCUGGACCUGUCGGUGUGUUUGGCCCUGUCGGUAGUCCAGGCCCGAGAGGAGACACUGGCAGCAAAGGAGAGAUGGGUGUUCAGGGACCUCGAGGUGCUCCUGGACCGCGUGGACCUCCGGGUCCGCCGGGAUUCCCACUGGCUUUGAAACAGGAUUUUGGUCUUGGAUCGGCUCAGCCAGUUUUUAUGGACACACACACACAGAAAAUAUUGGGUCGGGGUCUGAUGGACAUACCCAUGUUGGAUCAGGCCCCAGAGAUCCUGCGGACUCUCCAUCACCUGAGCUCCCUGGUCCACAGCCUGAAGAACCCGCUGGGCACACGGGAUCAUCCCGCUCGACUCUGCAAAGACCUGCACGGCUGCCGGGACACGCUCUACGAUGGCACUUAUUGGAUCGACCCAAACCUGGGCUGCUCCUCAGACUCUAUAGAAGUGACGUGCAAUUUCACCGGCGGCGGACGCACCUGCCUCAGGCCCAUCACCACAGCCAAGCUGGAGUUCAGUGUCGGACGCGUUCAGAUGAACUUCCUGCAGCUGCUGAGCGCCGGAGCCGAGCAACGAAUCACUAUCCACUGCUUGAACGUGACAAUCUGGAGCCACGCCCCCUCUGAGCCUCCGUCCCAGAAUGCAGUUCAGUUCCAGGCGUGGACCGGAGAGACGCUGGAGCCGGAUGUGUUAGGAGACAACUGCUGGCAACUAAACGGGCGCUGGCAACAUGCUGACUUCCUGUUCCGGGUGUCGGACCCUGCCUUACUUCCUGUUGUACGUAUAAGCAACCUACCAAAGACAACGGCCUCAUCACGCUUUCACGUAGAAGUCGGACCUGUGUGCUUCCUUUAGUGUGUGUGUGUGUGUGUGUGUGUGUGUGUGUGUGAGAUUGUGAGUGUGUGUGCACACGUCAAACACACACUGGCCCCACCCACAGCCUGCCCCCUUCAGCAUUCAGCCACUGAUUGGACUGCAGAAACAGAAAGAGGUGGUGUGGGCGGGGCUUUGGGGGAUUUAGCACUAGAGACUCCUACAGUCUAAAGGAAAUCCCGCCUUAACCAGCCACGGAUGUCCAAUCAGAUUUGACUCCUCUAGAAAACAAGCCAAUCAUCUCGCAGGGAGGAACACUCAGGACAUCCGGGCCGGAGAAACUGUCAAGCCCUCUGUCUCUUGUCUUUCUCUCUUCUCUUUCUCUCUCAGACAGUUUCUUUGGUGCUUGCUUUCUUUCAAAUUAUUAUUAAUAAUAAUAAUAAUAAGUUAUUAUAAUACUUGUACUGUUAUAAUAAGUAUCAACAGUUUAUUGAAGAGAUGAAUUAAGAUCAUUGGGAGGUAUAAUAUGUACAUAUACACUUAUUGUUUAACUGAUCUUUUUUAUGGUAAUUUUGUCACGUAAAAAAAAGAAAAAAAAGAAAUGCUAACGUGCAAUAGGAAAACGAAGAAAAAAUAAUUGAUUAUUGAUUAUAUUAUUAAGUGCGUCUCAUUAAGGAAGGAUUUUCAGGGGUGUUGUCAUUCAAACGUGUCAUUUUAACACUCCGUCAGACAGGGAAGUGUGAGUGUGUUUGUGUAAAUGAGUUUUGAAAGUGACUGUGUGUGUGUGUGAGUGUGUGUGUGUGUGUGUGUGUGUGUGUGUGUGUGUGUGUGUGUGUGUGUGUGUGUGUGUGUGUGUGUGUAUGUGUUUAUGUGACAGAUCAGUGAAUUUGUGAAGGUGCAGACACACCUGUGAAUAUCAACAUACAUGAUCCUUGUUUUUAAAACAGCCUGUCACUUUAAGGGGGCGUGUCUCAAUCAAAUGGGUGUGUCUUGUUCAAAGGGUUUAUAAGGGUGAAUCCCUCAUGAAAACAGGUCUGGGUCAUAUUUCACCCAAAAAGAGAAGGAAAGCACAUUUUGAAGAUCUGCAUGGUGACAUUUUUGUGACAAGCACAUUUUUACCCCCUCCAAAAAAAUGCAUUUUGAAAUAUUUAUAGUUACUUUUGUUUUGGAUUUUUUGCUAUGAAGAUUAUAACAGUAAUACAGAAUUUAUGAAUUGCUAAAAAACAUUACAGCGUAACAGUAAUGAAUAUUUCAGGCGAAUACUCAUGAAAAUGUCAUGAAAAUGUCACAAUGCAAAGAGUGGACCUACAAGGCUUUCUUUUGACUAUGCAAAAUAUACUUUUAAUUUAUUUUGCUUUCGUAAUUAAAUAUCUUUAUUAUUAUAUAAAUUAUUAUUAUAUCUAUAUCAUUAUAUAUUAUAUUACAUUUUUUAUUGAAGAGAAAAAUAAAAAUAACUUUUUGACAAAGGCAUUUCUUAUGGAAGCUUGUUUCCGAUAAAAAAAAUUAAAACAAUUGUGACUUUUUAUCUUUUUAUUCUGUGACAACUAAAAGGUCAGAAUUGGGAGGAUAUUAACUUGAAAACUUAAAAAGUCAAAAUUACGAGAUGCAAACAUGAAAUUGUGAGAAAGUUAGAAUUCUGAGUUUGUAUCAUGCCAUUUUUGUCGCAGAAAAAAAAAAAAGAUAUUGCAACUUUUUAUCUCAAAAUUCAGAUACUUUUCUUGGAAACCUGAGGGGGAUCAGAAUAAAAUAAAAAAUCAGAAUUGCAAGAAAAAGUCGCAAUUAGCUUUUUCAACAUUUUUUUUUUUUGUAAUAUCCAUAGUUCUUACUCUCAAGCACAAAAUAUCACAGCAGUUUAUGUAUUUCUUUUGACUUUUGGGUAAAAUAUGACUUAGUCGUGUUCUUGACAGGUUUUUUGUGAGAUUCACCCUUUACAGGUUUAUCUCGGUAACAAUGGUGCUCAUUUCAAGCUGUUGUAAAGCCAAUGCUUUUGUUUAGUGCCCGUGUCAUUCUGAAUUAUGUUAGUGUGAAUUGUGUGUACUUUAAAGGUUCUCUCAGAAAUACAGGCCAAAAUCCAUGUUUAAUCCAGAUGUGCCAUUCAGUCUGAGCGUUUGCAGCACAUCUGCGCAGACCUGCAUGUUGAAUGCACUACCCAAUAAGCUUGUGUGCUUUCCUCUGUGGUACAGAACAGUUUUGUACUGGCUCAAACAUCAGCUAAUGCCUUUUGUAAGGGAAAACAUUUCUGUAGCUAGAAUUCUCAUCAGAAAGUGUAUUAUCAUUCACAAAUAAUGGUCGUAAACUCGAUACAUAUGAUAUAGUGUUGCCUACAGCCAGGAAACAGCAGUGAUGUUCUGUUCGAAGCUUCUUGUUUCUUUAUUCUUCAUGACCGUGUGUAUAAGUCUGCAGGCUUUGAUGUAUACAGUGAGUCCCUUUUGCUAAUUUAAUGUUAUUUAAAUGUUACAGACGCGCUUUUAACCAAAUUCUCUGUUGUGACAGAGUUCCUCUCAAGGUAACUUAAUUUUCCGUAUGCCAACUGCUCUUACGGUUGAUAGAUUUAUUUUAUGUGUAAAUUUGGGGUUCCAGAGAACAAUAUAUUGCUUUUUUCGAUCUGCUUUUAUUUUUCUAUCCUGUUAAUUUUUGUCUAUAAUAUUAAUAAUAAUAAUAAUAAUCUAAAGUCGUACUGUACCAGGACUGUGUUCUAUAUUAAUUCUAAAGUUUAAAACAUGUGAACGUUCAGAGUCAGAAGGUUGGAAUUCUGAUUACCUCAAUCCUCUCCCAUUUCUGUUUGUGAAAAUUCACCUCUCAAAUUCAAGGGUCAGUAAUCUCAUCUCUGUCUGCUUCAUCGUAAUCUGUUUCUUCUCUGAACACGUCCUCCGUUUUGCUCGGUGUUGUUCUUCGUGUCAGUUUUCCGUACUUGGUUAAAUAUGUGGAUUCUCAAUUGGAAUUAAUGCUUACAUUCCCAAUAAAGAUGUUCUUACACCAAAA